AUGGAGGAGGACGCGGAGGGCAUGGACCGCUUCGACAUGGACGGCGACUUCCUGGGCGGCCGCUCCGGCCGCGACGGGGACUUCUUCUACGAGGGCCGCCGCCAGCGCGCGCUCCAGACCCGCGACGAUGCCCUCUACGGCGUCUUCGCCGAGGGGGACUCCGACUACGAUUACGACUCCGAGGAGGACGAGGGGUCGCGACCCCGCAAGCGCAGAAGGGACGAGCUCGAGUCUGACUUCACCAGGCCCGUGCAGUUCGUCUCCAAGGGAAUGCCCGAGGGGGUGGAGCGGGAGGAGCAGAGGCCUGGGCUUGGCCAGGCCGCGUUCUCCUUGCGCACCGCCGCCGCCGCGGAGGAGGACGCGGAGGACAACCAGGACCUGCCCACGGGGUUCGGGCAGCGGAUCGCGGAGGGUGCGCGUGCCAGGCGGGAGGAGAAGGAGCGGCAGCACGAGGCGGCCAAACGCCGCCGCCAGGCGUCGUCGGCGGCCGGGGCGGAUGAUGGAAAACCAGCGCCGGCCCCUGGCAGCGUGGAGUCCAACACGAAGGUGGCUAAGAUGAUGGCUAUGAUGGGGCACAAGAGAGGAAUGGGCCUCGGCAAGAAUGCUCAGGGAAUCACCGCACCGCUGGAGACCAUCCCGCGCCGCAAAAAUGCCGGACUUGGCAGUGUCGAGGAGUUUAAGGAGGCCAAGCCCUUCACUGCCAAGGAGAACCUGCCACCCCCACCUCCUCCGCCGUGUGCCAAGAAGGAAAAGCAACGGUGGUCCAAGAAGGCCAGCUUGAUGAGAGAUCAGGUCCUGACCAAGAAUGAGUUGCUGGCUAUGCACGCCGAGCAGGAACAGGAUGAGCAGCCCACGGUUGUCCAGAAGGUGAUUGACAUGCGAGGGCCUCAGGUUCGUGUGCUGACAGACUUGAAGGGGCUCAGUGAUGAACAGGAGAUGGAGGUGAAUGAUGUGCCAAUGCCAGAGUUGCAGUACAAUGUGCGGGUGCUUGUUGACGAGACUAAGGCUGAUAUCAUCAGGUUGGAUGGGCAGCUGCGACAGGAGCAGGAGAGGGUGGCUAGUUUGGUGGGGGAGAAGGAGAAAGUAGCAAAGCAGGAGGCGUUGCAGAAACACCAGCUGCAGGUUAUGGAGACGAUUGCAGGUGUGCUGGAGCAAGUCUGGGUGGACGAUACAGCUGGUUUGCUCAUGCUGCGAGGGUUGCUCAAGACCUUCCAGGAAUUGAAGCUGCGCCAUGAGGAGGAGUUCAAAAUGUGCAGCGUUGCAUGGAUCGCUUGCCGAUUUGCUCAUCCGUUACUGAUCCAGGUCUUCCAGGGGUGGCAGCCUCUGCAGAAUCCGCUGUUUGGCUUGGAAGUCAUGUCAUCAUUGAAGGAUUUGCUGCAGUGUGACCAGCCAUAUGAUUUCUCAGAUGCUACUGAAUCAAUGGCUCCAUAUGUACAGCUGGUUAGCGAGGUGAUCCUGCCAGCUGUGAGGAUAUCAGGAACUAAUUCAUGGGAGGCUAGGGAUCCAGAACCAAUGCUCUGCUUUCUCGAGUCAUGGGAGCAGUUGCUGCCCCCUAUUGUACUCCAUUCAAUAUUAGAGCAUGUAAUCAUGCCAAAGCUCACAGCCGCUGUUGAAUCCUGGGAUCCACGAAGGGAGAAGGUACCCAUUCAUGCAUGGGUACAUCCAUGGUUGCCGACUCUAGGACGAAGGAUAGAGACCUUGUGUCACUCCAUUCGGUACAAGCUGAGUAGUGUCCUCCAUGUUUGGCAAGCUCACGAUGCAUCAGCUUACGCUUUGCUAUCUCCAUGGAAGGGUGUAUUUGAUCCAGCAAGUUGGGAAGACUUGAUAGUGCGUUAUAUCAUUCCUAAACUUAAAAUGGCACUCCAGGAGUUUCAGAUCAACCCAGCAAACCAGAAGUUCGACCAGUUUAACUCGGUUAUGAUUUGGGCUUCUGCUGUACCGGUAUCCCAUAUGGUCCAUAUGUUGGAAGUUGAUUUCUUUAGCAAGUGGCAGCAGGUUCUGUACCAUUGGUUGUGUUCAGAGAUUCCCGAUUUCAAUGAGAUCACAAACUGGUACAAGAGCUGGAGGGGUCUUUUCCCACCAGAGUUACUCGCCAAUAAACGCAUACGGAUGCUUCUAACGGCUGGUCUUGAGAUGAUGAACCAAGCUGCUGAAGGGGUUGACUUGGUGCAGCCAGGGGCAAGUGAGAAUGUGGGCUACUUGAGAGCAACAGAGAAGUGGCAAUUUGAUGCAGCACAGCAAGCAUCGCAAUACCCAGCUUAUCAUUCAGUGCCAGGUGCAACCAUGGGAGAUAUGAGCUUCAAGGAGUCUAUUCAGGCAUAUGCGGCUGACCAAGGUUUGCUGUUUAUGCCUAGAGUUAAUAAAUCCUAUAAUGGCAAGCCAGUGUAUGAAUUUGGCACCGUGAGUAUCUUCAUAGACUCUGUCAAGCGACUACUCUAUGCGCAACUUCAAGAGGGAACCGAUAGAUGGAGUUCUGUGUCUCUUACACAACUGCUGGAAAUGAACCGGAUGGCAAGAUCACACUAG